GCGGUCCGCGGACGUGCUUCGUUGAACAUGGAGGCUCUGCUGAAGCGGGAGCUGGGCUGCGACCUCGUCAAGGCUACGGGUCACUCGGGGGGCGGGUGCAUUAGCCAGGGCCAGAGUUACGACACGGACAGAGGACGCGUGUUUGUGAAAGUGAACUCCAAGGCGGAGGCCAAAAGAAUGUUUGAAGGUGAGAUGGCAAGUUUAACUGCAAUCCUGAGAACAGACACCGUGAAAGUGCCCAAGCCCAUCAAGGUCCUUGACGCCCCGGGAGGCGGCAGCAUGCUCGUGAUGGAGCACUUGGACAUGCGGUAUCUGAGCAGCCAUGCUGCCAAGCUUGGAACCCAGCUCGCAGACCUACACCUAGACAACAAGAGGCUUGGGGAGACACUCCAGAAGGAGGCCGGCACUGUGGGGAAAGGAGGCGGGCAGGUGGAACGGCCCUUUGUGGACCAGUUUGGGUUUGACGUGGUGACGUGCUGUGGAUACCUCCCCCAGGUGAAUGACUGGCAGGAGGACUGGGUCACCUUCUAUGCACGGCAGCGCAUUCAGCCCCAGAUGGACAUGGUGGAGAAGGGGUCUGGGGACAGGGAGGCCCGGGAGCUCUGGUCUGCUCUGCAGCUGAAGAUCCCUGACCUGUUUCGUGACCUGGACAUUGUCCCAGCCCUGCUCCAUGGAGACCUCUGGGGAGGAAAUGUAGCAGAGGACUCCUCUGGGCCCAUCAUUUUUGAUCCAGCUUCUUUCUAUGGCCACUCGGAAUACGAGCUGGCGAUAGCCGGCAUGUUUGGGGGCUUCAGCCGCUCCUUCUACUCUGCCUACCACAGCACGAUCCCCAAGGCCCCAGGGUUUGAGGCACGCCUGCAGCUCUAUCAGCUCUUCCACUAUUUGAACCACUGGAAUCAUUUUGGAUCAGGGUAUAGAGGGUCCUCCCUGAAUAUCAUGAGGAAUCUCAUCAAAUGAGCUUCCCUGCUCUGGGGGGUGCUCAGGCUCAGGU